CGCGGGAUUUCGCUCAGUUCUGUUUACAUAUUUUGCAUUCCGGUGUCCUCAGGAAAAGUCGAGAAAAGUAUUGUUAAUCAUGUCGCAGCCCAAUUCUAGAAAUGUGGAAGUCAAGGCCCGAUUGGGGAGUGAUGAGAAUUUCAAUAGAUGUGUGGAGAUUGCUAAGAAAAUCACCUCAUCCGAAGGAGAAAUCAUCAAGCAGCACGAUGUAUUUUACAAUGCUGCAAAUGGACGCUUGAAAUUGAGAUUCCUCGAGAAUCCCCCAUCGCAACUGGUGUCCUACUUCCGACCAGACACAGAAGCGGCAAAGUUGUCGUGCUUCAAGAUCCUUUCAGUCACCGAACCCGAGCUCUUGGACACCAUCCUGACUGAGAGUAUCGGUGUUAAGGGAGUGGUGAAGAAAGUCCGGACACUCUUCUGGUACAACAACACCCGCAUUCACCUUGACAAAGUGGAAAAUCUGGGUAAUUUCUUCGAAUUGGAAGUGUGCCUCACCCCGGAACAGAGUGUUGAAGAAGGCAGCAAGAUUGCAAAUGAAUUGGUGGAAAUAUUCAAGAUUGAAGAGAAAGAUUUGCUAGCUGGAGCAUAUUUGGAUCAAAUUUUGCAGAAAUAAACUACAUUUUCAUUUCUU